UCAGCGCAACAGGUUUAAAGCCGGACUCAGCGCUGCCGCCGCAGUGCAAGAAGUAGUCUGUCUAAUUUUAGUUACCCGGUUUUUUCCUUUAUAAAAGUAGCAUUCGUGGAUUGAGAGUCGUUUAAAAAAAAAAGCAAAGCAAGAAAUAAACAAGCAAACAUGUUUCGUUUAUUAGCUCGGCAAGCUAAGAAAAAUCCAGGACUCAUCCCACUCUUCUUUUUUAUCGGCCUGGGAAUGGGUGGGGCCUCCCUCUAUUUGGUUCGUCUUGCGGUCAGCCCCUACGUGCUCUGGAACAGGAAGAACAACCCAGAACCAUGGAGCAAGCUUGACCCUUCCUACCAAUACAAGUUUGUGGCAGUCACCACUGACUACAAAAACCUGAAGAAGGACCGGCCUGAUUUCUAAAGGUUUCCACGGCAACUGGCAGGCACACUUCACUGAGGAAGGCCACCUUGUCGCCAUAGCGAAUUACAAAGCAUUCCCCUCUCAGUCUUAAAAAAUGAGCUCUCAGCGUUUCUGUACACCGUGUUUUAGUUAAAUGCAACAUGCCAAACCUGCUGUAUAGUGUGCCUGAAUUUAAAAUAAUAAACUUUAAGCAACG